GGGUUGUGCCUAUUGGCCGGGGUGAGGGUCUGUUCACCUUUCCCUACUGAGGGAGCCGAGCGGAGCAGCGGCCCCCGACUUCCUGAUUGGCUGGAGGGUUCACAUCCCCUGUCCCCAUUGGCUGGGAUGGAUUGGGGCGAGGGGAGGUGGUUUGCUCCAUUGACAGGAGGCUUCACAUGCCUGUUCCCCAUUGGCUGAGGUGGAGUCAGGCAGUGUGUGUGCAGGUGUGUGACACCUCCCUUUCCCUUUGAGUGGAGGGGAGUUCCCUUAGGGGGCUGUGUCCCUGUUCCCUAUUUUGUCAUGUGGGGGUCUACCAAGAUGGAGGAGUACCAGAGGGGGGUGAAGGUUUAGUGCCAGAGACUGGGCAAGGAGAUGGCCAGAUGUGGAGAAGGUGCAUCCAUAGCAGCGCCUGGGGGGUCUGCAGUGCCCGUGCAAAGGUGGAUUCACCCCAAAGCUGAGCGGUGGAGUCAUUUACUUGUAACCCCACUGGGCUCUUGCAAGUUUCUUGUGACUGGGUUUUGUUUUGAAUAGAGCUGGCCUUGCUGUUCCCAUGAUGGCCCUGCCUGCUGCCCAAUGCUCAUGGGGCCUGCUCCUAACCUUUGUCUUCUACAUGGGCUUUUCCUGCACUGACGGUGCCUCCACCCUUCCACACCACAACUAUUGCAUCAUUGGUGCUGGCCCCUCGGGCUUGCAGAUGGCCUAUUUCCUCCAACAUGCAGGCCGGGACUAUGUGGUCUUUGAGCGUAGCCAUGCACCUGGCAGCUUCUUUGCCCUUUAUCCACGCCAUCGCAAGCUUAUCAGCAUCAACAAACGACACACUGGCAAGUCCAACAGCGAAUUCAAUCUUCGCCAUGACUGGAACUCCCUUCUCAGUCAUGACAGCCGACUGCUUUUCCGACACUACUCUCAUGACUUCUUCCCUGAGGCUGACACCAUGGUGCGUUACCUUGAAGACUUUGCUUCCAUGUUGGAGCUCCAGGUUCAAUACAACACUGCCAUCAUCCAUGUGAAACUGGAGAGGGACUCACAGGCAUGGAAUGGCCAUUACUUCAUUCUUACAGACCAUAACAGCCAGAACUACAGGUGCAGCCUAUUGUUGGUAGCCACUGGAACAUGGGUUCCCAAUGUGGUAAACUUCCCAGGCUCCGAAUAUGUUGAGGGCUAUGAAUCUGUGUCCAUCAACCCAGAGGACUUUGCUGGCCAGAGUGUGUUGAUCUUGGGUCGAGGGAACUCUGCCUUUGAGACAGCAGAGAACAUUCUGGGGGUCACCAAUUUCAUACAUAUGGUGAGCCGCUCCCGCGUUCGCCUCUCUUGGGCCACCCACUACGUUGGAGAUUUAAGAGCGAUUAACAAUGGGCUCCUAGAUACAUACCAGCUGAAGUCUUUGGAUGGGCUCCUGGAGGGUGACUUGGAAGAUCUGGCUAUUGUCAAGGAUAAGAAAGGGAAGCUGCACAUCACUCUCAAAUUCUAUCUGGAAAACAGCAACAGCAGUGCAGGUGCAGAAUCCAUCACUCUCCCACAGGAUGAGCUGGACAACUUUGCCACCCGGGCACCCUACGACCGUGUCAUCCGCUGUCUGGGUUGGAAGUUUGACUUCUCCAUAUACAACAGAUCUCUUAGACUGAUGCCAGGGAAAGGGAAUAAGAAGAAGUAUCCUCUGAUCAAACCCAGUUAUGAGUCAAGAGGCACCCAGGGGCUCUUUGUUCUGGGCACUGCUAGCCACUCUAUCGACUUCAGGAAAUCUGCUGGGGGCUUUAUCCAUGGAUUCCGAUAUACAACUCGUGCUGUCCAUCGCUUGUUGGAACAUCGUCAUCAUGGAGUCCCCUGGCCAUCAUCAGUCUACCCCAUUACACAGCUGACAAAUUCCAUCAUCAAACGGGUGAAUGAGGCAUCUGGACUAUACCAGAUGUUCAGUGUCCUGGGUGACGUCAUUCUGCUGAGAGAGAAUGCCGCGGCAUUUGAGUACUUGGAGGAGUAUCCAGUCGGGAUCCUGGCAGAGCUGGAAUUGCACACAGGGAGAAAGGCCCACAAUGGGCUCUUUGUUGUCGUCAUGGAGUAUGGGAAGAAUUUCUCUGGGGCUGACAAGGAUGUCUUCUACUACAACCGAGCAGUGGGGGAGGCACAACAUGCCUGGCAGUCUAACUUUCUGCAUCCUGUUAUUUAUUACUACAAACAACUCCCCACAGUGCGUGAGAUGAGUCUCCGUCCUCCGGACUGGCCUCUCCCCCGCCCAGAUGCUGUCCAUCAUAUUGUGGAGGAUUUCCUGACAGACUGGACUGCCCCAAACGCCCAUAUCCUCCCACUUAGACGCUUCCUGGAGAACUGCCUGGACACUGACCUGCGCAGCUUCUUUGCAGAGUCCUGUUUCCUGUUUGCUCUGACUCACCAGAAGCUGCCUCCCUUUUGUCAGCAGGGAUACAUGCGAAUGCAAGGGCUUGUGGGUAACGAAAGACUUAGGCAGCAUGCAGUGGAAGCCGGCCUACUGGAGGACCACACUGUUACGCACUUUACAGAUAAACUGCUUGGUGGCCAGAGGGGUUCACGUGACCAGUUGCUGAAGGAUCACGUGAUACCAAGUAGCCCCCUACAUUAUCUUGUGACUACCAAGGAUGAACUUUAACCUUUCCCAAUUCAUACUGAAACUCAUGGGGACUGUUGUGACAAUACUGUAACACACAUCUGCAGCAGGAUUCCAACCUCUUUCAUUGUGCCGCUGGCUUCUUGCCCAUCCCUCCAGCUGUCCACAUAUUGCCAAAGACCUGCUCAGAUCUGUUGUGACUAAUGGGACCGAUGUGCUCUGGAGGAUAAGUAAGAAGCUGAUAUUCAGUGAGGCAGAGGCUUCUCCUUUGUCUCUGCAGAGCCCACAGUGCUCAAAGACAGUGUUGUAUUUAUCUUAUGGACCAAUGUCUGGGGCAACAUCUGGGGAUCACAGGUAUGGGGAGAGAGAGAGAGAAGAGAUGCACAGAUGGCUUAACAUAAAAUAUUUUUGGUUUUGAUGUGACACAGUCAAAUGUCUUGAGGGCAGGUUGGAGACUCUGAUCAUUGGAUGCUGUGUCCAGUACAUUCUUGUUUAUACCUGAA